AUGGAUGUCCGACGCUACAAUGUAGAGCGAUCUUGUCUGCGAUGUCAUGAGCGCAAAGUCCGUUGCGAUAAGGGCAACCCGUGCAACAAAUGUUUGAGCCUCAAUGUACCAUGCCAGUAUCCUGGUACAAAACGUGCGAAGCGCCGAGCGCCGAAGUCUAGUGCUACUGAUAUGGUCACGCGAUUGGAGCAACUUGAGCGUUCUAUUGCUACUCUUGCGGAACAGCCAAGCCAAUCUUCUUUGCCCGCUAGUCCGGCUUCUCAGCUUUCAAAUACCCAGCUUUCUCUAGCCGAGAGUAGCCAAGCUCUUCAUCGGCCAGCUUAUCAACCUCUACAAAACCCACAGUCUAGUUCUGGCGCUGAACAAGCCUCUUCAAGUGAGGCUAGGACCGGCGAAGCGCUACCAGGUCCUCUAACCACUUCAGCUCCAUCUCAUGGUGGUUUCUUGGUGAAGAACGGUAGUUACGUUGAUGAGCCGUUCUUGUCACGAGUGUUAGAGAAAGAGCAAGAGUUACAGUCGGCCAUGGGGUCACCAGGUACAAAUGAUAAUAGGGCUCAGAACCCCCAGCCCAUGAAGAUUGAUGGCAUCAUCACCAAUCCAUCACUACUUCAAUUGGAUUUUCAGGGUCUUCUUCCAAGUAGAUGGCAAGCCACUGUGCUUUGGGAGAGAUUUUUGAGCCGUGUAGAUCCGGUCGUCAAAUGUAUUCACGUUCCAACGACAAAGUCUCGCAUUUUUGCUGCUAUUAGUCGGCCUGACUCGGCUCCACCUGAUGUCCAUUGUUUGUUGUUUGCUAUAUUCUUCGGCGCAGCCACGACCAUGUGCUCUGAUGAUCCUGGAAAUGAGAUAUACCGCGCAGAUCUGCGUCGAUACCAGCAAGGUAUAGAGCUUGCUAUGUAUAAGUCGUCUUUUCUGGAAUCGCCCACAGUGAGAUCUCUCCAGGCAAUGGGUAUUUACUUGACUUGUCUACGAUCCACCAACAGCAGUCGCUCUGGCUUCACCUUACGCGGCCUAGCAAUUCGAGCAGCGCAAUCAAUAGGUCUCCACCGCGACGGUAAACACUUCAAGCUUUCGCCUUUUGAGUCCGAGCUCCGUCGCCGAGUAUGGUGGCUCUUAGAGACCACAGACGCCCGCAUGGCAGAAGAUCAUGGUAUAACGGUCGCAUACCAAGGAUACGGCGCUGACACCGAACUCCCCGCCAAUAUCGACGACCACAGCUUUUCAGAAGACACAGAGACAAUCAUAUCCCAGCCCCGCUGGACAGACCUAUCCUUCCCAUUAAUAAUAUGCGAAUUUAACAAAAUUUGGCCUCCAAUCUGUCGCGCCUCAAGCAAUCCGAACGACGGCGUGCGCCCCGAAGAAAUUCUCGCCAAACUGAAAAAUACUCUCCACGAAAGAUACCUCCAGUACAGUGACCCAGAUAUCCCCAUCCACCGCAUGGGCGUAAUGCUCAGUGAAUUAUUCAUUUCCAAAAUGGAAGUCCACAUCCGACAAAAAAGCCUCCAGCUACAAGGUCCUAGCUCAAUGCCGAAAGAGAGCACAGAAGCCACACAGGAACUUCUCAGGGUAUCCUGUAAUGCUCUAAACUGCGGCAUAAGACUUUAUCAAGAUGAACUUUUACACGGUUUCCGCUGGUUAUCAUCUACAUAUACGCAGUUUCAUCUGUUGACGUAUAUUCUUUGGCAUCUUUGCGUAUACCCGACAGAUCCGUAUGUGGAUGAAGCGUGGCGUUCGGUGAAUAUGCAUUUUGAUCUUGUGCAAAGGGAUCCGUCGUGGCCUGAUCCUGGUCCGAAGUGGCCAAUGCUUGCUCAGCUUCGGGCAAAGGCGUUGAAGAUUCGAAAUGUUAAUACAGCUACGUUGCAGCAGCAGGGUGCUUCUAUCUCUGAUACUAGUGCUGGACCUGAGGCUGGUUCUCUUUAUGUGGAUGAUGCUACGAUGCAGGGGUUGGACUUUUCUCUUGCAGAUAUUGAUGGUUUGGAUCUUAAUUGGGCUGAGUUCUUCCCUGACUGGAAUUAUAUGGCGCAGAGCAUUACGUUCAUGUGUCAAGAUGGAAGUGGUAUUGCUUAG